AUGUAUCGGCAAAUACUUGUUGAUCCAUCCCAGACGCGAUAUCAACGAAUCUUCUGGCGUAAUGACUCCUCAGAGGCAAUGAAGGUGCUGGAACUGUUAACUGUGACUUACGGAACGUCAGCAGCCUCAUUCCUUGCAGUGCGAUCAAUGAUUCAAUUAGCCAGGGAUGAAAUGAAUGAUUUUCCAGAAGCAGCAGAGGCUGUUUUGUAUGACUCGUAUAUGGACGACAUACUAUCUGGUGCCGGUUCAGUGGAAGCCGCAGUGAAGUUACGCAGCGAUAUCGAGAGGAUGAUGAUCAAGGGCGGUUUUCCAGUUAGGAAGUGGUGCUCCAACUCGGAGGAAGUGCUAUUUGAUGUUCCAGAAAAGGAUCGAGAAACAUUGAUACCCAUCCACGACUCCGGUGCCAACGAAGCAAUUAAAGCUUUGGGACUCUUGUGGGAUCCGAAGCGCGACCUCUUUCUUUUCCGUCAAGCAUCCGAUUCGAACAACCUUGAAGAGACACGUUGGAAGGAGUUCCGUGAAUCCUUGGAGGACAUUCCCGAUUUGGAAAUUCCCAGAUGCGUCGUGGUACAGGAGCGGGAGGUAUUGGAAAUACAUGGAUUUUCCGAUGCUUCCAUUAAAACGUAUGGUGCAUGCGUGUACCUCCGUAGCGUGCGAAGUGACGGAUCUGCCGCAACUCAUCUUUUGUGCAGUAAGUCCAAGGUGGCUCCUCUCAAGAAAAUGACGAUUCCAAGGAUGGAAUUGUGUGCCGCCUUAUUGCUCUCCAAGCUGGUACACAGGGUGACAUCAACCGUGAAGCUAUCGAUCUGCGAAGUGAGACUGUGGUCUGACAGCCAAAUUGUUUUAGCAUGGAUCAACAAACCUUUGGAUCGGUUGCAGGUGUAUGUUCGAAAUCGCGUCGCAAUUAUAAGACAGCUGACCGAGCAUUAUGAAUGGUGUUACGUGAAUACUGUUCGGAACCCAGCCGACAUUGUGUCACGGGGAAUGAAGCCAAUUGUGUUGAAACACUGCAGGCUUUGGUGGAAUGGACCAGCCUUUCUAAAUUCCGCCGAAUACGAAACAGAAGCUACCGAGGAGAUUCCUGAUCGUGAGAUUCCCGAGUUAAAGAAUGAAGUCAUAGUAAGUCCAGCCGUGAAGAAAUUAUGUGAACCAGUUUUCGAGCGUUUUAGUUCCUUCGGCAAGAUGCAACGAGUUUUGGCUCACGUGUUUCGUUUCGUUCGCAUGGCUUGUACGCCUAAGGAUCAGAGAAAACGAUUCAAUUGUCUAACCGUCCAGGACAUGCGAAAGGCUUUAAUCGCCAUUGUUCGAGUUCUCCAGCAGAAUGAGCUUCGAGAGGAAAUUCUAGGUGUACAACGAGGAGAGUUACCCAAGCGAUUUGCAAGCCUACAACCAUUUAUCGAUAACGAAGGAUUAUUGCGAGUCGGGGGGCGCUUACAUAACUCGAAGCUGCCUUUCGAUGCCAAACAUCAAUUAUUGUUGCCUCAAAAACAUCGUAUUACGGAGAUGCUGAUUAAGAAGUACCACGAAGAACGACUCCACGAAGGUCAAACAGGACUGCUGGCGGCCAUUCGGCAGAAAUUUUGGCUGACAAAUGCGCGCUCUGCUAUAAGAAAGGUUAUCCACAAUUGUGUUAAGUGUUUCCGUACGAAGCCACGGAGCAUCCAGCCGCUAAUGGGAGUUUUGCCAGAAGCACGCGUUACCGUGAACGCACCGUUCGAGCUCACCGGGGUGGACUAUGCUGGACCGGUAUUUGUAAAGGAGGGUAAGCAUAAGCCGAAGGUAGUAAAGGCGUACAUUUCAUUGUUUGUGUGCUUAACUACGAAGGGCAUACAUCUGGAAUUGGUGUCGGAUCUGACGACUGAUGCUUUUCUCGCCGCACUCGAUCGUUUCAUCAAUCGCCGCGGUUUUGUUCGGAAACUAUUUUCGGACAAUGGAACGAAUUUUGUUGGCGCCUCGAAGGAGCUCCACCAAUUACGAACGAUGUUCAACGACGAGAUGGAAAGAAGCAAAAUCAACGAUUACCUGAUUGCUCGAGAGGUGGAAUGGGAGUUUAUUCCACCGAGAUCGCCUAACUUUGGUGGUCUAUGGGAGGCCGGAGUUAAGGUGGUGAAAUCCCAUUUGACCCGAACUUUGGGAAACACUACUCUAACCUUCGAACAAUUUGCUACAGUGCUGACUAACAUCGAAGCAAUACCAAUAACACCAGCCCAUCUAAUGCUUGGUCGACCGUUAGAACCUAUCGCCAAGCCAUCGUAUUUGGACGUACCGCAAAAUCGGCUAUCUAAAUGGCAGUAUUUGAACCAGCUGAGGGACCAUUUUUGGAGAAAGUGGUCACGUGAGUACCUUUCAACCCUCCAGUCAAGAGCAAAGUGGACAAGGAAGCAACCCAACAUUGAAGCCGGAACCGUAGUUCUACUUGCCGAUGACAACCAUCCAGCACAAGUGUGGAAGCUUGGUAGAAUCGUCGCUGUCUACCCAGGAAGAGACAACAUCGUACGCGUCGUUGACGUCAAAACCUCAUCCGGGGUGUACCGUAGAGCAGUUAGUAAACUCGCACCGCUUCCUUUGCAAGACUACAGUGAUGAAUCUGAAAUGAAAUUGGAAUUGCAUUCCAAUGGCGGGCAACGCCUCCCUCCAAGGAAGCGCAGCAGCAGUAGCAAUCCAGCUACACAGCAACAGGAGCAGCAGCAGUGGCAGCGAGACCAGCUGCAGUGA